AUGGGCUGCCGGGCCUCAAAGUUGGGCAUCGAAGCCAACGCAUUGCCUGUUCACAUCCGCCCUCUUCUCCGGUGUAGGUUUGAGGAGAUCCGAAGGCACAGAAAAUCUGCAAUAAAAGGCCCAACCCUCUCCAACAAGGAGCUGCUUCUUGAAGAGAAAGGAGAACAGGGGGAUGAAAACUCCUCCCCAUCUGACAAGUCUCUCCACUGUGAUGACCCAAAAAGUAUUUCUUCUUCCGCAGGAGAAAAUAUUGCUUCUCCAAAUGAAAAGCCUUCUGCAGAGGAGAAUCUGGUGUCUUGUGCAGAGGAAAAUGGAGUUUCUGCAUUGGUAGCAGCUUUGAAGGAGGAAGGGCUGGAGGCUAAAACAUCCAUGGAAGUGCAACCCACAAUGGAGGGGGAGAUCAAGUGUGAGAAAAGAAUGGAGGAAGAGCCUUCAGAACAGGAGGGAAUAAGCAUGGAAGCCGAGAAUGAGAGUAGAGGGAGAGUAUGCGGAGCGAUUGCAAUGGAGAGCACAGCAACGACAGAGGCGAAGGAAGAAGAGAAGGUUAAAGAAGAAAAGGAAGGUGGAGGAGAGGAGAAAACUAAUGGCAACGUCGAGGAUUUGGAAUACCUUUAUCCUGGAUCACCGAGCUUCCGAAUCUAUUAUCUAAACUCGUUGGCUAAUAAAAACGACGACUACGAUGAUGAUGGCAAGACUGAUAGCUCUGAGAAGUCCCACAAUGAUGAGACGGAUAUGUCAAAGGAUUUGAGCGACGACUCCGAGACUAAAAAGCAGAAACGUAAAAAGAGGAGAUUUGGGAGGGUGAUACCAAAAGGAAGGCCAGUUGCUGUAAUGAACCUAUUGAAUGUGAGGUCUUGCUAUUACCCACCUUGCAGUCACCAUGACAGGACCCAUCUUCUUACAAAAGAAGCAGCUGCUUGA